UGGCGAGGGCGGGGUCAGCGCCUCCCGGUGGACUCGCCGCGCAGCGAAGAUGCUGCUGGAUUUGUCCGAGGAGCACAAGGAACAUCUGGCUUUCCUGCCGCAAGUGGACAGUGCGGUGGUCGCCGAGUUUGGGCGGAUUGCGGUGGAGUUCCUGAGGCGCGGCUCGAACCCCAAGAUCUACGAGGGCGCCGCCAGAAAACUCAAUGUGAGUAGUGACACUGUCCAGCAUGGUGUGGAAGGAUUAACAUAUCUCCUCACCGAAAGCUCAAAGCUCAUGAUUUCUGAACUGGAUUUCCAAGACUCUGUUUUUGUUUUGGGAUUCUCUGAAGAAUUGAACAAAUUGUUGCUUCAGCUUUAUCUGGACAACAGAAAGGAAAUCAGAACUAUUCUGAAUGAAUUGGCACCUAACCUUCCCAGUUACCACAGCCUUGAAUGGCGGCUAGAUGUACAAAAGUAACCAGCAUCCUGACUCUGAACACAGAUUACCUUUGCCUGCUUUUAAACUUUCUGCAUAUGGAAUGAUUCAGUAAAUAUUCUUUUGUGUC